AUGUUGCCUGAUGCUGCAGAAUCAUGGCAAUACGCGCAGGCUUGGCAGACGGUCAGCCAAAAUCCACCAGAAGAUUGUGCGCUGCAGAUGGCCAUGGCCCAAUGCUCUCUCCAAAAAUUACCAACAAAGCCCCCAAUUUUGGAGACGGAUGAGGAGACGGAGCUGGCUCGGGCGUUUGCCGUGCCGGCGCCGCCUCCUCGGGCGUUUGCCGCGCCGGCCCCGCCUCCUCCAGCAUUUGGUGCGCCUGCGCCCUCGAAGACGGUGUCCUUUGAAGAUGUGGCCGUGUAUUUCACGAAGAGAGAGUGGGGCCUGCUUGACUCAAAUCAGAGAGCCUUAUACAAGGAUGUCAUGCUGGAAAAUUAUGGGCAUGUGGCCUCACUGGUGGAUCCAGUCACCAAGCCUGUGCUCAUCUCUCAUCUGGAAUGCGGACACGAGCCGUGGGUGCUACAGUCUCAGGACUUGGAUGCCACAGAGGUCUCCAGCAAAACUUCAGAUGACUUGAGGGAGAAGGACACUGAAAGUGGGGAGUGGAUUACAAAGGAAUUUGCUCUUGACAGAUGUCAGCAAGACAGCACUGAAGGGGAUUCUUAUGAAGGCUUGGAGUAUGGAACCUGCUUUGCUCAACAAGCACCAUUUCUGAACCACAUGUGGGUCCAAGAGAAACCCUACACCUGUGUGGAGUGUGGGAAAUGUUUUGCUCACCAUUCUGUCCUGGUGACCCACCUGAGGGUUCACACAGGAGAGAAGCCCUAUAAAUGCCCAGAGUGUGGGAAGCGUUUUGGUCGCCAGUCAAUGCUGGUGACUCACCAGAGACUGCACAAAGGGGAGAAACCCUACCAGUGUUUUGAGUGUGGGAAAUGUUUUGCCGAUCCUUCGGCCUUUUUUAAACACAAGCGAGUCCACACGGGAGAGAAGCCUUAUAGAUGCCCAGAGUGUGGAAAGUGCUUUUCUCAACAAUCAACACUUGUCAGUCAUCACAGACUUCACAUGGGAGAGAAACUUUACAGAUGCUUGGAGUGUGGGAAGUGUUUUUCUCAACAGUCCACGCUCGUUAGCCACCAGAGACUCCACACUGGGGAGAAACCCUAUCAGUGCAUGGAGUGUGGGAAGUGUUUUGCUCAAAACUCAGGCCUUAUGAGCCACCAGAAACUCCAUACAGGAGAGAAACCUCACAAAUGUGUGGAAUGUGGGAAAUGUUUUGCUCAGCGUUCAGUACUUAUGAGACACCACAGAGUCCACACAGGAGAAAAACCCUAUAAAUGCCCUGAAUGUGGGAAAUGUUUUACUCAACAUGCAAGCCUUGUGAAACACCAGAGACUCCACACAGGAGAAAAACCCUACAAAUGCUUGGAGUGUGGGAAAUGCUUUGCUGACACUUCAGGCCUUGGGACUCACCAGAGAGUUCACACAGGAGAGAAGCCCUUCAAAUGCCUGGAAUGCGGCAAAGGCUUUACUCGUCAAUCAUACCUAGUGACACACCAAACAAUCCACACAGGAGAGAAACCGUAUAAGUGCCAGGAAUGUGGGAAAUGUUUUGCUGACAAUUCUGGGCUAGUGAAACAUCAGAGAGUUCACACAGGAGAGAAGCCCUAUAAAUGUUUGGAUUGUGGAAAAUGUUUUGCUGACAACUCAGGCCUGGUGAAACACAAGAGAAUCCACACUGGUGAGAAACCCUAUAAAUGUCUGGAGUGUGGAAAAUGUUUCACUCGCCUGUCCUACCUUGUAACACACCAGAGAAUUCACACAGGAGAGACGCCUUACAAAUGUGUGGAGUGUGGGAAAUGUUUUCCUUACAACUCAGGCCUGGUGAAACACCAGAGAGUCCACACUGGAGAGAAACCAUAUCAGUGCCUAGAGUGUGGGAAAUGUUUUGCAUACAAUUCAGGCCUUAUGAAACACAACCAAAACCACACCGGAGAGAAACCCUAUCAGUGUGUGAUGUGUGGGAAAUGUAUUCCUCAGCAUUCAAACCUUACUAUGCAUCAGAGAAUCCACACUGGAGAGAAGCCCUAUCAGUGCCUAGAAUGUGGAAAGCGUUUUUCUCAACAACCCACUCUCAUCAGAGAAUCCACAUGGGAGAGAAGAUCCAUAAAUGCUCUGAGUGUGGCAGAUGCUUUGCUCAGCAAUCAUACCUUCUGA